CAAUUCAAUUUAGUUCCCAAACGCCGCUCACAAUGAAAAGUCGCUGAAUUCGCUCCGUUCGUUACAGGAAUUCGAAAAAACACAAACUAAGUGAAGUAAUCAGGUCUAUAAAGAAUUCAUUCCGUGCUCUCGAUGCACAUAAAUUUCACCCAGCCCGAAAAUCAUAAAUAACCCACACUCAGCAUACACAGAACACAAGUGACACCAGAGCCCAAACGAUGAGCGAUAACACCCCGUCGGUGCCCUUGGCGGAGUUCACCAACCCACCCGAUCCCACGGAGACCGAACCCUUUGUGCCCCUGGUGGAGGCCAAAAAAAUGAGCGAAACCCCAGUGGUGGCCCCUGCCACGCCCACCGGCAAUGGCAACGGAACGCCCACACAGGCGGGAAAUGGAAAUUCAACGGUGGCCACCAAAUCCGUCGUCGACGAUAACAGCAUUUUCUCCGUCUUCUACUCGCUGGGCAAGAAGGUGGCCAUCGUGGGCUCCAUCUAUCUGGUGGGCUACAUGGGCUGGUCGGUGGCCUGGCUGAUAGCUCCCGUCAUCCUCUCGGUGGCUCGCGACCAGUUGGCCAAGACCUCGGAGAAGAAGCGCGAUAUUGCCAAGGCCUCGGCCCUCGCCUCCGAGAAGGACGUGAUCCUGGCCAGAAUUGAUGAGCUGCCCGCCUGGGUCUACUUUCCCGACGUGGAGCGUUGCGAGUGGCUGAAUAAGAUACUGAAGCAAGUGUGGCCCAAUGCCAAUCACUUUGCUCGCACUUUGGUGAAGGAGACCAUCGAACCGAAUGUGGCAUUGGCACUGGCCAAUUACAAGAUGAACGGAUUCCGCUUCGAUCGCAUUAUCCUGGGCACGAUACCGCCUCGCAUUGGGGGCGUGAAGAUCUACGACAAGAAUGUGGAUCGGAAUGAGAUCAUCAUGGAUCUGGAUCUGUUUUAUGCCAGCGACUGCGACAUCAAUUUCUAUUUGGGUGGUAUGAAGGGUGGUAUCAAGGACUUCCAGAUCCAUGGUUGGGUUCGGGUGGUGAUGAAGCCUCUGAUCCGAUCGAUGCCCCUGGUGGGAGGACUGCAGAUCUUCUUCCUGAACAAUCCGAAUAUCGAUUUCAAUUUGGUUGGAGUGAUCGAUUUCAUGGACAUGCCGGGGCUGAGUGAUUUGCUGAGAAGGAUCAUUGUGGAGCAGAUAGGCAAUGUCAUGGUGUUGCCCAAUAAAUUGCCCAUUUCGUUGAGCGAGGAGGUUUCGGCCGUGGCUCUAAAGAUGCCCGAACCAGAGGGCAUCCUGCGCAUUCAUGUGGUCGAGGCCAAGGAUCUUAUGAAGAAGGACAUCAGCGUGCUGGGCAAGGGCAAGUCGGAUCCGUAUGCCAUUAUCAAUGUGGGCGCCCAGGAGUUCAAGACCCAGAUUAUCGAUAACAACGUGAAUCCCAAGUGGGACUACUGGUGUGAGGCGGUUAUUUUCACUACCAUAGGCCACUAUAUUGGGUUUUCUUUGUGGGACUAUGAUCAGACAAUGCCAGGUGUACAGAGCGAUGAUGUAUUGGGCAGAGCUAGCAUCGAUAUUGCCAGCGUUAUCAAGAAAGGCGUUGUGGAUAGCUGGCUAACCCUGGAAGAUGCCAAGCAUGGACUUCUUCAUGUCCGCCUGCAAUGGUACAAACUCACUGCCGAUCCCAAUGAUCUUCAACAGAUCUUGCUGGAAACUCAGCUCCUACGCGUGACCACCAUGAGCUCGGCGGUUCUCAGUGUAUUCAUUGAUUCCGCCAGGCACUUGAAGCAAGCUCGAUCCAGCUCCAAGCCCGAUCCCUACCUGGUGUGCAGUCUCAACAAACAGAAACAGCAGACGGCCAUGAUUAUGCGGGAUGACUCGCCGGUUUGGGAGCAGGGCUUCACCUUCCUGGUCAGCAAUCCCGAUAACGAGAGUCUGAACAUCAAGAUCUACGACCAGAAGACCGGAAACGAUAUCGGCCAAUACACCUAUACCCUUAGCACUCUGCUCAAGCAAUUCAACAUGGAGGUUAUCCAGCAGCCCUUCCAACUGCAGAAAUCUGGACCGGAAUCGAAGCUCUAUAUGUCGCUCUCACUUCGGAUCCUUAAGCCAGGGGAAAUCGACAAGGAAUCUGAUGCUUUGGAGCAAGUGGCGGCCCUCACUCGCAGCAGUUCUGUAAAAACACCCGAUGUGGCUGUAGUGGCACCUCCAGCAUUUAAGGAAUCUCAGACAUCCAGCAAGCGUUUGUCCGCCGAAUCGCCCAUCAGUGAGGAGGAUCCUGCAGUCGUUGCGAAAAUCUCCCCGGCCAUGUCGGCCUCCACCUCCAGCGAGAAGCCCAUCAGCGAGCUGGCCGCAUCCGUGCUGACCCAUCGCUUCCCGGACUCCACCGCAUCGCCUGGUGAACACGGCCUUGGACGGAUGCAGCUGUCGAUCCGGUACAGCGCCCAGCGGCAGAAACUGGACGUGACCAUUCACAAGAUCCAAAAGAUACCACUCCGGGAUCCCAGCAACAUCCCCGAUCCGUAUGUGAAGCUAUACCUGCUGCCGGGACGCAGCAAGGAGUCCAAACGCAAGACUGGCGUGAUUAAGGACAAUUGCAAUCCUGUUUACGAUGCAUCCUUUGAGUACCUGAUUUCCAUUGCCGAGCUCAGGCAGACAGAACUCGAGGUGACGGUGUGCACACAAAAGGGAUUUUUAUCCGGCGGCAGUCCCAUCAUAGGCAUGCUGAAAAUACCUCUGGACGACGCCGAGAUUACCACACAAUCUGGCUUGAAUUCUUGGUUCGACUUGCAGCCUGAAAUACGGCACGAGUAGUGAAACCGGAGUCACACGAAUGCGGAGUCUCAUUACAGCACAAUCAACUCAAGAACAACUUAACACUUUUUUACCAAUCGCACUUAAAGCCUUUUAUAUUUGUUAUGUGUAUACUUUAUUUGGUCCCUAACCAAAACGAAACGAAACUCUCUUAGUCGUGCCUCUAUAUUUAAAACUAUCAAUUUAUUAUAGUCAAAUAAAACGAACUGUGUUUUCAACAAAGAA